AGCUGGGCAGUAAGAAACCGGAUGAGGUUUAACAAAAGCAAGUGUAGAGUCUUGCAUCUGGGGAGGAAUAAUUGCAUGCACCAGUACAGGUUGGGGGAUGAGCUGCUGGAGGGGAGCUCUGCGGAAAGGGACCUGGGUGUCCUGGUGGACGACAGGUUGGCCAUGAGCCAGCAGUGUGCCCUUGUGGCCAAGAGGGCCAAUGGCAUCCUGGGGUGCAUUAAAAAGAGCGUGGCCAGCAGGUCGAGGGAGGUGAUCCUCCCCCUCUACUCUGCCCUGGUAAGACCUCAUCUGGAGUACUGCGUCCAGUUCUGGGCUCCCCAGUACAAAAAAGACAGGGAUCUCUUGGAAAGAGUCCAGCGGAGGGCCACGAAGAUGGUGAAGGGCCUGGAGCAUCUCCCCUAUGAGGAAAGGCUGAGUGAACUGGGUCUGUUCAGCCUUGAGAAAAGGAGACUGAGAGGGGACCUGAUCCAGGUCUAUAAAUAUCUAAGGUGUGGGGGGCAGAAUGGCGAGGCCGGACUCUUUUCAGUGGUGAGUGGAGACAGGACAAGGGGAAACGGCCAGAAACUGGAGCAUAGGAAGUUCCGCACAAACAUGCGCAAGAACUUCUUUACAGUGAGGGUGACGGAGCACUGGAACAGGCUGCCCAGGGAGGUGGUGGAGUCUCCUUCUCUGGAGAUGUUCAAGACCUGCCUGGAUGCCUACCUGUGCGACCUGCUGUAGGGAACCUGCUUUGGCAGGGGGGUUGG